AUGACAGACUGUGAGCUGACAGGGAAGAAAGGCCGAGAUGGAGAAUUGGAGGAUGGAGAAAUCGAUGAUGAAGGCAUAAGCAUAGAAGAAGUGAAGGAAACUAAGGACGAGUCUGAAGAGGUCGAGAAAGACAAAGAGAAGGGAAAAGACAGAGAAAAAGAUGACAAGUCACACCGGCAUUCGCGAAAGCGACACAGGAAAGAAAAACGACGGGCGAAGAGAAGGAGACGAGACCGACAAAAGGUACAUUCGCGCUCCAGCUCGGACAGCUAUGACUCAGAGCACGAGCGUCAAGACAGACCGAAGAGCAAGAAGAGCAAAGGAACGUACCGCGACCAUGACGGAGAAUUGGUGCAGCGGGAAAAUGAAUGUGCAAAACCUCCCAGAUCAAUGCAGCACAAGACCAGCGAUUUGGAUAAAUACAGCUACAGUGAAGAAAAGUACGACUAUGAAGAAGAUGAUGAUUUCUCAGAGGAGCUGUCUAAAUAUAAACUGCUAAAGAGUCGUCGGCUCCAAUUUCUAUACAACAGUAACAUUUCCCCCUGCUGGACUAGUUUCAGGCGGUCCACAGUUGGGUGCAGUAGCCCUGUAGGAACUGCGAGGCUGGUGAAUAUGAUGUCUUCCUCUCACGCCAUGCUUCCGCAUGUGCCCCUCUAUGCCAGAGCUCAUAGGGACCCUCCUCCAUUUAGCCAUUCACCAGGUCCGGAAUGCACCAAAGCCCACCAGUGCCAACCUCCACCCCAGGGCUUCGGCCAUGUGCUUUUCUCUAUGCCCACCUUCUCCAGGUCACCCGCCGCCUUUAUGAGGGACCCAUGCAGGACUUCCCAGACACAGACUCCCAGGAAAGAUGCUGGAGAUGGUCGCUCCGGGGCACUCCACGUGCUUGCGCAGAGACCCCAACGUCUGCAGAUGAAACCUUUGGACUUCCGCCAACUGUACCCUGACCCUCAGUUCGCCAGCACCAAAACGCCCACUGGUGUCCCACAAACCCUGCCCGCUGGAGAUGGAAGACAACGAGUGUGUCAACACAAUUGUGUACUGUCCCGAUGCAAAUCCUCCCUUGUGGCCUCCACGCGUAAAUGCCAGUGUCCUCCCUCUGCUAUCGCUAGCAGUCCGUGCUCCUGCCAGCUCCCGCUGUGCACACUUGCCUAUCAGGCACUCAGCAGGACUGAUACGGCCUGCGUUACACGAACCCCGCGGCAGAUCAAACCUGUGGUCCUGCUGCUGGGACUUCCCCAAGAGGGAUGA